AUGGCUGCAUUGCAGGCAGCAGGAAUACCAUCAGACAGUGGGCUUGACGAGGCUUGGAGUGAAGCCGACAUCUAUGGUCCAACCACAAGACAAAUCCUUGAAGAUAAGCACAUGAAAAAGAACCCUGGAAGCACACUUGACUACAGUCCAGACCCUCUAUGGUCUCCAUCAAAGAAGUACUUGCACAGAGUAUCAAGAGACGACAAGUGCAGUUCCCAAAAGACCAUCACUGGUGGCACGGAUGAAUGUAUAUUUUUAAAUGAUGAAACAAUGUGUAUUCAUAUACUGGAGUACAUAUCUAAGGAGGCUAAAGGUGCACUGGUCCGAGCUUUAGGACGGCACGUAACGUCCCUAAGUAGUAGUAGUAGUAGUAGAAGUGGUAGUAGUAGUAGAAGUAGUAGUAGUAGAAGUAGUAGUAGUAGUAGUAGUAGUAGUAGUAGUAGUAGCGGCAGCAGUAGCAGUAAUAGGUACCUGUUGCUGUUGGUUGUUUAA